AAUAGCUACGUUAUCUCUUUGACGCUAUCUUGACUUUUGUACAUAAAUAAAAAUAGUUUUUUUCCUGCUACAAAAAUACUAAUUAAAUCUUAAUAUUUUAAAAAAUUAACAAAAUUCUACAGAUUGUUUUAUUUAGAAAAAUAAUUAUAUUAUUAAAAAAGAUAUAAUUUAAGGUAAAAUAAAAUAAUAAUAAAACUGAUUGAACGACAAACAAAAACAACGAGUUUUGCCAGAAUGAUAAGCAGUAACAGGAAUCGAUAAUUUUCCCAAGAGUUUUUGGUACCAAUUGUUUCCAAAUGUAUAAUAAACAUGUGCUAAGAAAUUACUAAAUAAACAUAUUAAACGGUAUCAGAAACAAAACGUAAAUAAUUGCUUUAAAAAUGUCUUUGAACAAGGAAAUCGCCAUGGUCAAGUUGCCACAGUCGCGUAGUGUGUGGGCCAUAUGUAUGGCCUCAUUUUUACUAUGCUUUAUAUUCUAUUAUUUCUAUGGUGGUUAUUUAACAAUGGCCUUAAUUGCUUCUGUGUUAUUGGGUAUCUUUUACUAUGCCCAAGAUGUUUUACUCUAUCAUCCCGAUUUGCCCGCUAAUUCUCGCAUCUAUAUACCCAUACCCACCAUGCAUAAUCUACCUCAUGAGACGGUCAGCAUACGCACACCCGACAAGGUGGUCUUGCAUGCUUUCUGGGUGGCGCAACCAGAGGAGCGUUCUAAAACAUGUCCCACAUUUGUGUAUUUUCAUGGCAAUGCCGGUAAUAUGGGUCAUCGCAUGCAAAAUGUUUGGGGCAUUUUCUAUCAUUUGAAUUGCAACAUUUUAAUGGUGGAAUAUAGAGGUUAUGGCCUAUCUACGGGGGCUCCCAGUGAAAAGGGACUGGUAACCGAUGCUCGUGCCGCUAUAGAUUACCUUUACACCCGUCAUGAUCUAGAUCAUACACAAAUUGUGGUAUUUGGCCGCUCACUGGGUGGUGCGGUCGCCGUAGAUGUUGCCGCCGAUACCGUGUAUGGCCAGAAGAUUAUGUGUGCCAUUGUAGAGAAUACAUUUACCAGUAUACCGGAGAUGGCGGUAGAAUUGGUGCAUCCUUCAGUAAAAUUUAUACCUCAUAUAUUGUAUAAAAAUAAGUUCCAUUCAUUAUCGAAAAUAUCGAAAUGUUCAGUGCCAUUUUUAUUUGUAUCCGGUUUGGCGGAUAAUCUAGUGCCACCACGUAUGAUGCGAGCCUUAUAUACGGCCUGUGGUAGUGAUCGUAAACGUUUAUUGGAAUUUGUUGGUGGUUCUCACAAUGAUACCUGGAUAGUUGAUGGCUAUUACCAAGGUAUAAAAACCUUUCUCAACGAAUGUCAAAAUAUAGUGCCACCCUUGGAAAAGCCUCCAGAAAAGAGUAAUGUUUGGAAUGAAAUCCAAGAUGUUUAAAACGUUUUUUUUUUAAUUUUUCAACAUAUACUACUGUAACUGUUAAGUUUUAUAACUAUCUAUUUAUUCUUAAAUUUUGUUAAGAAUUUAUAUGCAUUUUUUAACUAAAUUUUAAUUAAUUUUAUAUUUAUUCUUAUUUUAAAAAGCAUAUAGAAUACUAUACUAAAAACGCCUCUAUUAUUAAACACUAAUACGUUCUCUAACUUUAAACUUCCUACUUACUUACUUACAUACCUUCAACAAAAGCUAAUAUGUAUGCUUAUAUAUAUGUUAACUGCCAAAAUGAAAUGAUUAAUUUGUUAAUAAUUAACGAAAAAUCUGUUGUUAAAUAGCUGAGAGAUCAUACGAAAAGAUCUCAAUGUCGAAUAGGGAAACAUUUUAUUUCUUUAUUGUAUAAAAACGUUAAAAAAGAAUUAAAACAUUGAGAGAGGCUGUGGGAAACAUAAAGAAAACAAAUUCUAUUAUUAAAAUAAAGCUUUAAAUAAUGUAAAUAUUUUAGUUUUUUAAAAAAUGAUAUUGUUAAACGAGAUUUUUUUUUUUUAACGAAGUAUUAAAAUCUAAAUGAAUAGUAAAAAGAUUAAACUAAAAACACUAAAGCAAUUAUUAUACAUAAAUAUAUAUAUAAUAAAUAAACU